AAGGCCCAUCGGGCUAAACGACUGGUCGUACGCGUUCGUCUUCCUCCUCCCCGUCCCCCUCUUCCACGUCCAGCUGCUGCCUGAUCUUUUAUCCCCCACUUGCCGCUUGCUGCCCGGGGACUGGGCUGCUGGGGGAAGGUCGCCGACGGGAUCGAUGGAAGAUUCGUCUACGUUUACGGAAGGAGAGGUGGCCGAAGAAGCGAAGGGGCAGGCUCCAGGCCAAGGAAGCUCUGAAGGUAGUCAUGGUACUCUUUUGCAAGAUAUAAGGGAGAAGGAAACAAGAAAAGGAAAGGCGGCUGUUGGAUCCACUGAGCUGAUGAGGGAGGAUCUGGUUCAGAGUGCUGUUAGUUUUCUGAAACAUCCAAAAGUAGUAACCUCUUCAGACGGACAGAGGCGAUCUUUCCUUGAAAAUAAAGGACUCACUGUGGAUGAAAUAGAUGAAGCAUUUCGGCGUUUACAAAGCCCAUAUUCACAUUCUUUGAGCUCAAAUACUUGCACAUCUCAAGGGGUGUCUGAUCAUUCGUGCAAGAUUAGUCAGGAAACUAAAGCUGGCACAAAGUGUAUGGAUGGUUCAGAUAGGGUUGAACCUGAAACUGAACCUGUGGCCCCUGUGGUGCCUCGUCAUCCAAAAUCUUAUAUGGAGAUCAUGGAAAUGAUACAAAGGGGUGAGCGGCCAGAUGAUAUACAGGAUAUUAAUGAUGACCCUCCAAACCCUGAUCAACCAAUCUCGGAACCCCGUAUGGCACCAAAACCCAAGCCAUGGGAAAAGCAAGGUCAAGAAAGUUCAGCCUGUGGUUUGAAAUUACCAUCAAGUGACUCCAGUGAUUUGAGAUCAGAGGUUCAACAAGACGGCACCGACAAGGCUACGAAGUCAGCCGACACCUCCCACCAAGGGGACUCACUGCUGCAAGAAGAAGUAGCUGCAGGCUCUGAAUCUCCCACAGAUUAUGCUGCCACUUCGUAGUAGUAUCACACAGUGAUGUAAUGAAACAAGUAGGGAAAAAGAAAGUUGUCUGGGCAUAUAGCUUGCUAAAGAUGUUUCAGAUCCCAAUACCACACCACUCUUCUGAAUUCUGGGACACCUGCAAUUCUCAGGAGCUAUUUGAGUUGAAACUUCUCCCACUUUCUUUCUUUGGACAGUUUGUCCAUACAA